GUGGAGAGCGAGAACGGAAAGCCCUCGCUGCUCGCCGCGGGUCUGCGACUGCGAUUUCUGUCGCGGAGGUUUUGCUAAGCCUCCGGUCGCUCGUGAGCAGAGAGAGAGAGAGAGAGAGAUGGGACGAAGGAUACUGAACGAUGCGUUGAGGACGAUGGUGAACGCAGAGAGGAGAGGGAAGGCCAUGGUGGAGCUGCGACCCAUUUCCAAUGUGGUCUCUUCUUUUCUCAAGAUCAUGAAGGACCGAGGAUAUGUGAAGAGUUUCCAAGUUCAUGAUCCCCACCGGGUGGGGAGGAUAACUGUCGAAUUGCAGGGCCGCAUAAAAGAUUGCAAAGCUCUCACUUACCGGCAAGAUAUCAAGGCUAGAGAUAUUGAGCAGUUUAGGUUGAAAAUGCUACCAACACGUCAGUGGGGUUAUGUUGUUAUUACAACACCUGAUGGCCUUCUGGACCAUGAAGAAGCCACAAGAAGGAACUUGGGAGGCCAAGUAAUUGGUUUUUUUCAUUAACCAUAGUGUGCUCUCCAAAUACAAGAUGGAUCCCGAAGUGAUUAACAAGAGAAGACAAUGCUGUUGGGCAAUAAGGCAAUGAUUUAUAAUCUGUCUACAUGCACUGAUGAACUCGAUUCAAGCUUCAAACUGUUUUUGUUGUAUUAGUUUUAGAUAUGAUGAAUGGCAAAUGACCAUGGUUUCUCAUUGUCUUAAAGACAUUUCACCAUUUCUUAUGAUUAUUUGACUGGUUUGACGUUUUUU